GCAUGGAUCUUUCUGGGAAUCAACUGAGGAGUAUUCCAGACAGCAUCGGGCAACUUUCUAAGUUAGAGAGCAUGGAUCUUUCUAGGAAUCAACUGAGGAGUAUUCCAGACAGCAUCGGGCAACUUUUUGAGUUAUGGAGCAUGAAUCUUUCUAGGAAUCAACUGAGGAGUAUUCCAGACAGCAUUGGGCAACUUUCUGAGUUAAGGCAGAUGGAUCUUUCUGGGAAUCAACUGAGGAGUAUUCCAGACAGCAUCGGGCAACUUUCUGAGUUAAAGGUAAUGCAUCUUUCUAGGAAUCAACUGAGUAGUAUUCCAGACUGCAUCGAGCAACUUUCUGGGUUAUGGAGCAUGGAUCUUUCUGAGAAUCAAUUGAGGAGUAUUCCAGAUAGUAUGGGGCAACUUUCUAACUUACAGUACAUGCAUCUUUCUAAGAAUCAAUUGAGGAGUAUUCCAGAUAGCAUCGGGCAACUUUUUGAGUUACAGCACAUGGAUCUUUCUAAGAAUCAAUUGAGGAGUAUUCCAUAUAGCAUAGGACAACUUUGUAAGUUAGAGAUCAUGGAUCUUUCUCAUAAUCAAUUGAGGAGUAUAAAUUGAGGAGUAUUCCAGAUAGUAUCGGGUAACUUUCUAAGUUAAAGAUCAUGUAUCUUUCUGAGAAUCAAUUGAGGAGUAUUCUAGAUAGCAUCGGGUAACUUACUAAGUUAGAGAAAAUAGAUCUUUUGAGCAAUCAAUUUGGAAUAGGAUUUCUUAAAUGGCUUCAAUUACCAAAGACAAUAAACAUGGUUGAUCUCUCUAUUGCUAGUAUCUCAAGUCCUCUUCCAAAAAAAAUAGGUCAUAUGAUGCAAAUGCUGGAGGGAUUAUACCUUACAAAUAACCUCAUGAAUGGUUC